AUGAUCUUGUUCUUGAGUAAAGUAGUUGUACACAGAGGAAGAUCUGUCACCUUCCCAUGUCUCUAUGAUAGAGAAUAUGAAAAUCAUGUGAAAUACUGGUGUCAGGGGUACUUAUUGCGAAAUUGCCAUAAUAUAGUAUGCACUGACUCUCCAAAUGUUAAACGUAAAACAUCAAUCACUGAUGACCCCACCCAUCAUGUGUUCACUGUUACCAUGAGAAAGCUUCAGAUGAUGGACUCUGGAUAUUACUGGUGUGCUGUAGAGAUCCAGGGCGCUGGAGAUAAGGGAGCACGUCUGCACCUGUCAGUCACUGCAGCAGGAGUUGGCCGGUGUGGAAGGGGGCCAUGUCACUAUAGUAAAUCAAGAAGCAAGAAGAAGUGGUGCAGGAUAAGGGGCUCCUGUGUGGAAAUGAAUUCUGGUGAAUCUGGAAGAUCAGAGAUGAAAGAUGACCGCUCUAAAAAGGUCUUCACUGUGAUGGUGAGGGAGCUGAACAUGGAGGACACAGGCUGGUAUUGGUGUGCUGCUGGAGAACUACAGAUCCCUGUUCACCUCACUGUCACUCAGAAAACUACAACUACCACAGUCACCACACAGGGAGUCCAGCCUCGCACAGGAGCAAGAGAGGACCGGAGCAACGAGCUGACGAUGCUGACGGUGUGUACACAGUUCACCUGUGCGGACUGGCUGAGAGAAAAAACCAUUGUCAAGUAG